GUCGUUGAUGAAAAAGGCCGUGAAAGAAGACACUUUGCCUCUUAAAUCACACAUCGUCUCUUCAUACAAAUAUGACUGAUCACUGCUUGAACGAGAAGUUCACUUCAAUGUUCCGUAGAAAAAGACGACGAGAUGAAGAUGUUUUUGCACUAUCAGGUUUGACAAAGAAGUUUCUUAAACUUAUGAAAAGAUUCUCUUAUGAUGAUCUUCUCAAAAUCACAGAGUACUACAUGUCUCAAGUAGUCUAUGUGAUUGAGUAUGACAUCACUAGCAUCCUGCAGAACGUGGUCACCAAGAACAUCCUCACCAACAAUGAUGCAAAGAAAAUAAAAGCCAAGGAAGAGUGUGAGGGGCGAAGAGGUGUGGAGUCCUUCAUCAGAGAAAUUAUGCAAAAGGAUAAUGUGCUGCUGGUCAGCCUGUGGGAAGCAUUGGCUGAGGAGCUGGUGAGAUUUCCAUCUCCAAACCUCACAAAAAUACUAGAGGAAGUAACAGAUGGAGGAUUGGACCUUAUGAAGGAUAUUCAAGCCAGUCUUAAGCACCCUGACAUUGACACUGAUAUCAGAGGCCUUUAUGACAAACACAAAGGAAAUGUCUUUGAAUCCACAAGAAAUCUGGAGGAACAGCCUUCUUCUGUAGAGCCAUGCACCAAAGCUGUGGGCUUUGAGACUCGAUACAUAGAGCUGGUGGUCAUAAAUCAGUACAAAAGAACCUAUAAUGAGACUCAACAUGAACUUGUGAAAACUGGGAGGACUCAUGCAGAGCUGGUGGAGCAGCGGACAAAAGAGAAAUGUGAGCGUAUCUGGACUGAGCAGCUUUUCAGAAGGUGUUCUAGAGGUGACAUUCUCCCCAAAAUUUUAUUGGUCAGUGGAGUGGCUGGAAUUGGGAAGACUACAAUGGUGCAGAAAAUCAUGUAUGACUGGGCCAGAGGUGCUCAGUACCAGAGGUUUGCAUUUGUGUUUGUGUUCAGAUUCCGAGAGCUCAACCUCCUUGACAAUGAGAAUGAACCACAGAUGCCUCUAACCAGGCUGAUUGUGAGACACUAUAAAUAUCUUAAUGACCCACGGCUGAGAGAAAUCCUGCAGAAACCUGAAUCUAUCCUCUUUAUAUUUGAUGGCCUGGAUGAGUACAAACACAAACUGGAUUUCACACAUCGUCGGCUCUGCUCAAACAUAAAUGACUAUUGUCCUGUUCACAUACUGGUCACCAGCCUUGUCAGCCAGACAUUACUGAAGGGUUGUUCAGUCCUGAUGACAAGCAGACCAACAGCCCUGGAGUCACUGAACAUGAAAAGAUUUGAUCGAUUUGCAGAGAUCCUGGGGUUCUUCCAUGAACAAAGGCUGAUGUACUUUAAGAAGUACUUUGUUGACACUGAUUUGGGCAGUGAAGCUUUUCAGUACGUGGAGGAUAACACUAUCCUCUACACCAUGUGCUUCAACCCCUCAUACUGCUGGAUUAUUUGCUCUGGGCUGAAGAGCCACUUCACCAAGCCUGAAGAAGAGCGAGGAGCUGCGCCCAGAACUGUCACUGAGCUCUUUGUGAUGUUCCUUCACAACAUCCUGACCAAUCACAGACGAGAAGCCGAGAACCAGAGGGAGAUCCUAAUUAAACUGGGAGAGAUGGCUUAUUAUGGGGUGGAUAAAAGGAUUCUUGUGUUUUAUGACAAAUUUGAGAUGUCCACCUUUGGUCUACGGCCAUUUCUGUCCUCAUCAUUCCUCUCUGGGUUCCUCAAGGAAAUCCUGCAAAUAGAAAGCACUUUAGACCACACAACGUACACAUUCUUCCAUCUCACACUACAGGAGUUCAUGGCUGCUUGUUUCUUCUACCUUGAUCCAUCAGCGGACAUUGUGAAGAUGCUAGAGAAUCUAGACUCUUGUAAAGAUGGACGAUUUGAAAUAUUCACUCAAUUCCUGGCAGGACUGGCUACAACUUCUGCGUUUGAAACACUGGGGAAAAUUCUUGGGGCAUUAGAGAGGAGAAAAGCAAAGCAGAUCCUGGACUGGAUGAAGCAAAGAGCUGAGCGGGCUCUGAAGGGAAGACAGAAGAGCAAACGUUUACAAGUGUGUCAGUGGCUCUGUGAAACUCAGAAUAAGAAAUUAAUCAGAGAUGCUAUUGGGAUGGAUUUAAAGAUGGAUUUUAGUAAAACAACAUUAUCCCCUCUUGACUGUGCUGUUCUGGGCUCCGUCAUCAACUGCUGUAGAGAGCUUCGGGAGCUUGAUCUGUCAAACACAAGUCUUACCCCAGAAUGCAUCAAGAAACUGGCACCAGGUCUUAUCUUCUGUAAAAGUGUGAAGCUGCAGUCUUGUGGUCUCACCUCUGAAUGUUGUGAUGCUGUCUCCUUUGCUCUUGCUGCUAAACAUUCACUUUUGAAUGAGUUGAAGCUGGGAAGCAGUAAACUGGAUGAUUCAGGAAUGCGUCUGCUGUGUGAAGGCCUAAGGAGCAAAAACUGUAAAUUGGUGAAACUAAGUCUGUCUCAAUGUGGUCUCACCUCUGGAUGUUGUUCAGCUCUCUCUUUGGCUCUCUCUAUUGACCACUCAUACCUGACUGAGCUGGAGCUGGGAUGGAAUAAACUGGAAGAUGCAGGAGUGCGUCUGCUAUGUGAAGGGCUGAAGAACAAAAGCUGUAAAUUGGAGAAACUCUGUCUGCGGUCAUGUGGGCUCACUUCUGAAUGUUGUAUACAUCUGUCAUCAGCUCUGUCUGUGGAACACUCAAGCCUGAUUGAGUUGGAGUUGACUAACAAUAAGCUGGAGGAUUCAGGAGUGCAUCUGCUCUGUGAGGGAAGAAAGAAUCUAAAUGGUAAAUUAGAGAAACUGAGGUUGAACUCAUGUCAUCUCACCUCUGGAUGUUGUGAGGCUCUUUCCUUGGCUCUAUCUGCUGAACACUCACAGCUGACUGAGCUGCAGUUAAAUGACAAUCAACUAGGGGAUUCAGGAGUGCUUCUGCUAUAUGAGGGGCUGAGGAACAAUAACUGUAAAUUAGAGGGACUGUGGGUGAAUGAUAAUGGGAUUAGUGAGCAUGAGAAGAGACGCCUGACAUCACUAGAGGAGGAACUAAAAAGAUCUGGACAGCGUGUGACAAUCUAUGUAUGAGGAGAUGAGGUUUGGUGACCAAACUGACCUGCUAGUGAUAUUCUCUAGUUGUGUCAACUGUCUGUGCUUCCGUCUGGAAUGUCACCUUGAGUUUAAAUUUUGUAAAAUAUAUGGAAUGAUGAUUUUGAAUUAGUUAAGGAGACUUAUUUGUUACUCUUGAUACUAUCCUGCACAAAAGGCACUAUACUGUAAUAUGCACUAUUAUUUGACAGCUUUGAUGUUGUUGCUUGUUUAACUUUAUUUGUUGUGAGACUGUUUUAAUAAUCUAAUAUGUUAAUAAAAUGUUUCACUUAACAAUGUAAAAUGUCAGGAUUUAAAAGAGAGUGCAUUGUGGCUAUUCAACUCAAUUAGUACAUUUCAGCAUUUAUUUAAUUAGACAUCCAUCUCAUCCACGAGGGAGAAUCAGGAUAUGUGUUUAAUUGUAAAAUGCUGUAGAAGGGAUACCCAGUCAGAGGCAGCCUUGUAAUGCAAAAGAAAAUGUCAAAAUAUAACAGGAAAGUCACACACCGCAAAACUGAAAGAUGU